CUACUCAUUCAGCUUUGAUGGAAAAGUCACAUUUAGACUUAAGAUCUGAUGUCUAUGGUACAAUGAUCAAAUUCUGUUCAAGUUUUCAAGUAGACGCUGCCAUUUUGCUGGAAUAGUGACUUGGCCUAACAAUUACUCUGAACGCAAGCAAACCUGAUCUACAACAUGGAAGCUGAGUAUUCCAAGCGAGUGUAUCAGGGAGUCCGAGUCAAGCACACUGUCAAGGAUCUGCUGGCUGAAAAGAGAUCACGGCAAACCAGUGGCCCACGUUUUACUGCGGUGUCCACUCAGAGCCCGCUCGUCCAAAUGGCAGGUUCCCAUUCCCUGCCAGGAUACUACAGCAUGAGAAGACCAAUCUUUCCUGAUGCUGAGUUUUGCUCUUCAAGCAAGCAGUUCUCGACAGACAUUUACUCUUCAGCACUGACAGCAAAGUCCUUCUCCUGUGACACGACCCCCAUGCCUACCUACUCAUCCCUGAUAGAUAGUUACUACCCAGAGACCUUUAGUGACUAUCGCAGUGCUGCUCACACUGGGGGAGGAAGUUCUCUCUUCUCGUCCUCGGCCUUGGCCACUCGGCUUCCCCCUUUUCCUGGAGAUGCCUCUCACUUUAUGCUGAGGGAUUCCUGGGAGCAGGCCGGGAUGGAGCCUGCGGAGGGGUUGUGUGGGAACGGUUUGGCUCCGGCAACCGUGGAGCCGUCCAGCCCCAGCCAGUACCGCUCGUCCUCCAGGAGCUCCAGCAUGGGCUCAUCGCAGUUUUAUUCCCUGCACACCCUGGAUGAUGUUCCAUAUCACUCUUCCUUCCAGCUGCCUUCCAGCUUCCCGUGCCCAACGUAUAGUGAACAUGUAGCCAAACUUCCAGCCCUGUCCACAGAGGACACCGAAAAUGCCCCAUCUGCCCUGAAUGACAUGUUGCCAUGGGUCAAAGAAGAUGCCACUGGAGCCUGGUCACACUGUGAAAUAAGGAGGACUUUCUGAUGCAGAGCAUUUGAAUUGCAAACAUGGCAAUGCUUGGUGUACAUAGAAGGAACAAAAGGACAGUCCACUCCAACUUUUAAGACAUCAGGAGUUAAAAACUUAUUUUUGGUGGAUCGGUUCAAAUAAAAGUGCUUAGACUUGAACACACUUCAAUAACACUAUUGGAUAUUAAAGCAUUUCUACUCAACAAAAACCAAACUCUUUAGCAAGAGGACAAGACGUCUUAAUAAGAUGACGCUGAAUAGAGGAGAGACACUGGGCAUUCCUUUAUCUUUUUCUUUUUUAAAUUGCGUUUAAUAUAAUAUUAUAUAGAUAUAUUGACUGAUAUGUUGCUAAUCUAUUAUCGAAAGGAGUAGACACUACUGUAAUGUGUCUUUUUAAAGCAGAAAAAAAAUGAAACUCGUGGAACCUGCUCCGUAAAGUGAGGCGCUGUUUAUUGUACGUUUCAUGUUUUAUUGUAUUGUAAUGUUUGCUUGUAUGCUUACAAAAAUAUAAAUGAUUUUAUAUCAGUCUACUUUCAAAAGGAGUUUGUGAUGUCAUGACAACGAUGGCUUUGUGUUUAAUAAACUGAAACCGGAAACUGAAACUGAA